AUGAGUCAAACGAAAGAUGGGUUCCAGCCCUAUGACCAAUUCAUACUGUUUGGAGAUUCCAUCACACAGAUGGGCUGCAAUCAAGAGCUAGGAUUCGCCUUUCAUGCUGCCCUUCAAGAAUCCUACAGUCGGAGACUAGAUGUAGUCAACCGCGGUCUAGCUGGAUAUUCAACCGCCCACGCCAUCAAGGUCUUUGACAAGUUCUUUCCGCCACCGCAGAUCGCCAAUGUGCGGCUCAUGACUGUCUUCUUCGGCGCCAAUGAUGCAUGCGUUCCAGGCCACGACCAGCAUGUGCCUGUAGACCAAUACAAGGAGAACCUGAAAACAAUCAUCCAGCACCCAGCAACAGUCGCACAGAAUCCGCGCAUCAUCCUUAUCAGCCCACCUCCUGUCAAUGAAUAUCAAUUGGAGGCCUUUGAUGCUGCAAAGGACACCCCGCACCCAAGCCGAAUGGCGAGCUUUACCAAGCUCUAUGCAGCUGCCGCAUUGGAAGUUGCCGCAUCCCUGAAAGUGCCAGUGGUAGACUUGUGGUCAGCCUUUAUGCAAACCACUGGCUGGCAGGAGGGUCAGCCUUUGAUUGGAUCUCGCGAUGCUCCGAAUAAUGAAACAUUUGCCGGUCUUUUCACGGACGGUCUGCAUCUGUCACCGGCUGGCAGCCGUAUUGUUUACGAUGAGAUUAUGAAGGUAAUUAGAGACAAUUGGCCGGAUCAGACUCCGGAAGUACUUCCGAUGGUGUUCCCCUCAUGGGUUGAUGCGCCCAAAUAA